CUUAGUUAUAUCAACAUUUUCAUAAAUACCUAGAGAGACUGAAUGAGAAUGACGUAAAUAACCUUCAUGGUCAAUUGAAUAAACAUUUUUUUUCUCUCUCGAUCCCUUUCCAGAGCCGGAGGCUUCUCCACCCUCCAUCUCUUGUUUUCUGUUUUGUUCUCUCGGUGGUUUCACCCUUCCUGGUGAUAUACUUCGACGGAUCUGGAGGAUCCGGAGUUCGAUGGAGACCAUGUCUUAGAUCUGACCACGCGGAGAUGAUGUAGAAAGAGGAAGACGGAUCUCUGGAACGGCGGUGAGUAGGGUGAAGAGAAACCUUCAGUAUGUGAUCGGCUUUUAGGGUUUGUGGUGGUCGCCGACAAGACAAUGGUUUUCAGCCUUGAUUUGUCGGUCUCCAACAAAGAAACGGAGACGUGUGGCUGUGUCUGUGUUCCUCUUUCUCGUAGAUCUGAAGAUUGGGCUUGGAUUGCUUGGAUUCAAAAGGAGAGGGUCGUGUGGGUGGACGUGUGGAGCAUACUCAGCGCGUGGAGAGCUCGAAGUCUCAUUCCCUUAAGGGUCUGUACCUUCACAGCGUGACUGGAGAUUCAUGCUUAGUUCGUGGUAUACAUCUAACUCAGCUUUUUUUCUGAUUUGUUCCUUUGGCUGCUUUGAUAUUUAUAACAUGCUUAGUUUGUUGUAUACAUUCUACUCUGACGAUAUCUGUCUUUGUAUUUCAAUUGUUAACAUCCCUUCAGCACAUAGCUGUCUUUGGAUUUCAGUUGUUUUAUCUGUCUUCAGGUAUAUGAGUACCCUUGGAAACAAGAAAAUUGAACUUUUUGAUAUGGGAGCUGGACCCAGCGCUGAACCUACAGCUGACGAAAAUGUUCAAGUGGCUUCAGCUAUGUCAAACCAGGAGCUUGUUGAUGCUGGAAUGAAAAGAAUGGAUGAAACUGAUUAGGCCAUUGAACGCUCAAAACAGUUUGUAGAACAAACAAUGGAAGUUGGAACUCAAACUGCAGCUAAUUUAAAAGGACAGACGGAACAAAUGGGACGCGUUGUUAACCACUUAGACACGAUUCAGUUCUCUAUCAAGAAAGCAUCCCAGCUUGUUAAAGAGAUAGGGAGACAGGUGUCUACGGAUAAAUGCAUAAUGAUGUUUCUGUUUCUCAUUGUAUGCGGUGUGAUAGCCAUAAUCCUUAUAAAUAGAUUUAUAAACCUUGUAAAUAGAUGUAUAAACUCUUAUAAAUGAGUGAUAAGUUCUUG